AUGACCGUCCCCUCAAGUUCAAGCCACUCCGUGCAUGAAGAGGUUGUGCACGCGAGCAAUGGGCAUGAAGAGCGAAAUGUGCCGAAUGAGACGACCGCUCUGAUUUCACCAUCUCCCAGGACCGCGAGCCGUCGCACUGACAAACGUCGCCAAGAAAUACCAGAGAGACGCUCAUUCUAUGACUUUUGGGGUGUCAAGAUAUUAUUUAUUUCGAUCUCUUUACUAGCGGCGAUCUCGGUCGUCGCGUUGGUUUUACUCAUCCUGAAUACAGGAAUAUCAUCCAUUGCCCAGUUUCUUCCUCCUCACCGAGGCUCCCGUUUACUUCCUGUCUGGUUUGCGCUCAUAUCAGCAUGGAUAUCGUUGUCCGCGGUUACGCUAUUUGGUACACCCUCCGCUCUUACCAGGGUCUCUUUGAUUGCCUCACUUGUGUUGCUGUUGUUGGACAUUAUCCUCCUUGCAGCGGUGAAGCAACUACGUAGACAAGAAUCGGCACUCACCCUAAUUGCUUGUGGUGUGGCAAUCAUCUCUACCGCUACGUCGCUGGGAGCCAACUACGUGGUCAAGAAUUUACGGGACAAGGAGGGGAUUCCAAUACGGCAUGGAGCUGAAACCGUCCGCGAAGCGGAGCUGCGCGCACGACUAUAUGUUGCGCAAGAAAAUUACUGGUCCAAUCGUGCCGCCAGGGCAAUCAAGGUUAUACUGUCUUUUAUUCUUACCUUUGUUACCAGUCUGGUUCUUUUCCUUAUUACGUUUGAUAUUUGCCUUACGGCCAUCGACUCAUCGGUAGUGCCGCCGUUCGAGAGGUCUAGGUUUCAUAGUGUACAGCCUGACCCUGCGCAUUGGUCCUUCAAGGUGCAUCUAGCUUGCUCAGGACCAACGUCGAUGGCUCCCCCACCAGAUCUACUUAACGCAACCACCAGUGGACGAGGGAAGAUUCGCAACGUUCCAACGGUUCUAUACGAGUCUAUGAGGGGAGUUCCCGGUAGUCUUGGCGGUGACUGGGUGGUGAACCUUCGUGAGGUGGGUAGGGUGGGCCGUGUUUGCGUAUGGGAUCGUCCAGGAUACGGUUUCUCUGAUAAUGGGCCGUCGGCUGAAAUGGGGCAUGUAUCGAAUGCCCUUUGGCAAGCGCUUCAACACGAAGGAGAAGAAGGCCCAUACGUACUAGUUGGGGCUGGGUAUGGGGGGCUGCUCACCCGUUUGUUUGCCUCUCGCCACCCCAAAGAUGUGCACUCCUUGCUCUAUAUCGACUCUGAAACAUCACAUACCUAUUUCUUGACUCGAGCUCGGCACAACACAUUCUUCCACACACACCUUCCUGUUUUGAUCGCCCCGCUUGGUCUCUCGCGGAUUGCCUCCUUGGUCAAGAACCACACCCCAAGGAGCGGUCGUGUACUUGCUAACACCCUUCAGCACACCGAGUGGCAAAAUCCUCGCUUGCUUAGCACCCUCCUGCAAGAACAGUACCUUACUCACAGUCGACAAAGCGCAAGUUUCCGUGACCUUCUGGAAUCCGAACGUCAGUAUCCUGCUCGUCGACCCACAAUUGUGCUCUCAAGCGGGGAGCGUGUCUCGAAGGAAUCGGCAUGGCGCGAUGCUCAGAAACGACUCUGGCAGGAGAUUGUGGAUGAAAAAGGGCGUGUACGAUGGGAGAUUUUGGAAGGUGUGGGUCAUGAUAUUUGUGCUAAGACUUCUGAAGGUGCAGUAGGCACUGGAUUAGAAGCUUGCGAGAAGGCCGUUGAGGAUCUUGUUUGGAGGGAUUGA